UAAAAAACCAAAUUAAAUGAGCAGAACAACAAUUGUCCAAUUACUGUCUUCAUCAAAGUCAACUGAAAAGUCAAACCUUUAGACCUCAAGAAAAUUAAAAAUAAAAAUAAAUAAUAAUUGACCAAGAAACCUAAUUGACAAUCAUUCCGCGAAUCUUUCUUCAGUUAGUCUCCGGCGAACAGGUAAUUAGAAAAGGGUACGAUGAAAAAUUGGUCGGAGUAAUCAUUUUCCGUUGCCGGAUAAUCAAGAAAUGGCAGCCCUUCUAACCCACACUCACCGCCCGGCUGAAGAUUUGCCUUUUGGGUUCUCGCCGCCGCCGGAUUUCCGGCACGAUUCUGGCCGGGCGAUGACGAGGGCUGAGACCGGCGGAGGCAAAGUCCACGUGGCAGUUGGGAAGUCGGUGGAGAAGACGGUGGCGUUGCUGACGUGGACAUUCAGUAUGUUUCCAGGGCAGGAAAUCUGCUUGCUUCAUGUUCAUCGUCCUUGUCACCUCAUUCCAACUCUAUUAGGCAAAUUGCCAGCUAGUGGAGCAAAUCCAAAGAUGGUGGCAGCAUUUAGAAAUGAGGAGAGAGAAGAUACAAUGAAGCUGUUAUCUACUUACUUCAUCACUUGCACCAAAUCAAAGGUCAAAGCCAGCGUUAUUACAAUCGAAGCCGAUGAUGUUCAAAGAGGAAUCUUGAACUUAGUGAAUCGACAUGGUGUUAGAAAACUUGUUGUUGGAGCUAUCCCGGAUUUCAUGAAAGGGAAAAAGAGUUCAUGCAAGGCCUGCCUCGUUGCAAAAAUCGCUCCGUCUUACUGUGAAAUGUGGUUCGUCAACAAUGGGAAGCUGAUCUGGACAAGACAAGCUUCCGACGUGUUGAACGUUCAUCCGCUGAGCUGUCAAUUAGCUGCAGGCUCUUCAAAUUCUUGCCGAAAUCAGGUACAGGCAGAGGCAUUUCCGACCGACGUAAAUUUAGCCACCACUUUCUCAGAAUGUGUCGAAGCUACAUUUGAACUACUGAAUAACCAAAUUGCAAAAACGGCAGAAGUAAAAGGGAAAGUCGAUGAAUGGAAAAACGAAGCAUUUAAUAAGGUUAAAGCAUUGGAAACAGCUCAUGCUCGUGAAUUGAAACUGCGAAUAGAAGCUGAAAACGCACUUUGGAACACGAUUAACGAACAAGAAAAGAUCAUCAAAGAAAGGGAAGGAAUAACUGACAAGCUACAAAAGACCAGAGAGAGUAACUCUCUCCUGGAGAGGCGCACACAGGAAGCAAACCGUAGAUGCGAAGAAGUUUCCAGAGAAUUGAAGCUUAUUCAGUCUUCUAUUGCAGAGUUAAGGAAGGAGAAGCAGAAACUUAAGGGGGAAAAGAUGGAAGCUACGAGAUUGCUUGAUUGUGGGCCCGUUGGAGAUAUUUACGAAUUUCGCGAGUUCUCAUUGUCGGAUAUUGAGGGUGCUACGUGCAAUUUCUCCGAGAGUUUCAAGAUCGGAAAGGGUGGGUGUGGAAUUGUUUACAAGGGGGAAAUGUUCGACAAGACCGUUGCUAUAAAGAAGCUGCAUUCGUACGAUGUGCAAAGGCAAAUGGAGUUCCACAAAGUGGUGCAAGUACUAGGAAAACUACGCCACCCUAAUCUCGUGGAAUUAAUCGGAGUAUGUCAAGAAUCAUUAUUACUCAUUUACGAUUACAUGCCAUGUGGCAGCCUCCAUAACCACCUCUCCAGCAGAAAUGACGUUAACGCCCUCAGCUGGAAAACGAGAACCCGAAUUGUGGCCAACAUAGCAAGCGGCCUUCUGUUCUUACAUUCUUUCGGGCCUAAAAAGAUUGUACACGGAAACUUAAAACCCGAAAAUAUCCUUCUCGAUUCUCAAAACAGGUGUCGAAUAAGUGACUAUGUGGAUCAUAUGCUUAUAGACACAAGCCAAACCUUGCGCUGCCCUAGUUUUCGCCAUUUAUCUGGUGGAGCUUGCUUGUACGCAGAUCCGGAAUCUUCUAGAACCGGAGAAGUGAACCAAAAGUCCGAUAUUUAUUCGUUUGGGGUAAUAAUUCUGCAGCUUGUCACGGGAAGGAGUGAUGGAGGAUUAGUUGGUUAUGUGCGAAGGGUAUUCUCGAGCAGUGACGUGGCGGAUAUAUUAGAUUCAUCUGCUGGUGAUUGGUCGGUUUACGUGGGCCGUAGAUUAGUGGAGCUGGGAUUGCAGUGCUGUGAAUCCAACGGUCGAGAUAGGCCUGAGAUUACGCCAUCUCUUGUUAAGGAGCUUCAAUGUAUGCCUUUCUUGGAAGAGCAAACAGUCCCGUCUUUUUUCUUGUGCCCGAUUCUUCGUGAAAUAAUGCACGAUCCACAGGUGGCGGCAGACGGGUUCACGUACGAGGGAGAGGCCAUGCGUGGGUGGCUGGGAAACGGACAUGUAAAUUCUCCGAUGACGAAUUUGACGCUAAGUCACUUUGACUUAACUCCCAAUCAUUCAUUGAGGCUAGCUAUUAAAGAUUGGCUUGCGAAUCUUGAAAUCGACUCAUUUGAUUUUAGCAUGUAAAUAUUGUAGACGAUUUCGAGUGUAUAUAUAUAUAAUAUAGCAGCUUAAUACAUAUGUAGUCUGAACAAGAAUGAUUUGAUCUGUAAUAAAAUGAAAUAGCCGUUUCUAU